GUUGUGUUGAAAUCAAUGGCGAAUUAAUAAAACACAACUCUUAAAAUGAAUGCUCACAAACAACUGUUUAGUGACCUGGCUAUUCGUAUAUGCACCAUCACCGUGUUUAUCAUUGGCCUAAAUCACCAACACCAAAAUGCUGCUAAUGGGUGCAAACUGGACAUCACCAUUCACAUACAGCUACUAUGCAACCACAGCCGGGCCAUCGUGAUUGAGCAGGCGAUACCUGCCUGGCGGCGACUGUCCUCCAUCAUGAACCUGGAGCUAAUACCCUACGGUAACUCACGUACACUAAUAGGCAACUACUCGAUGUUACCGCCGCCACAAAUGGCGUUCAAGUGCCAACACGGAAACCGCGAGUGCUCAGGCAAUGCCCUAAUGGGCUGUGCAUUGAAGACAUUGCCUAAGGAAUAUGGCAUAGCAUUUGUCGAUUGUAUGUUUAGACAUGACUUAUGGUGGAAACCGGAAAUAUCUGCCCCUUGCUGCGCCCGACAGUUGGAUAUUGAUUGGCGAUUCUUAGAGCGCUGUUCGCAAUCGGCUUUUGGCAAAAACAUCCAAUGGCUUAACGGCCGGAAAGUGCACGCAUUGCGGCCCAAAAUGAGACACGUGCCCUGGGGCUACAAACCAGACAUAUGUAAUGAGACAAUCGUGGAGAAAGUGGUGCCGACAAGACUCGGGUUCACUAAACGCAACGCAUCGGUUGAGGCGAUUGUGUUAACUAAAAACCAGACGAUAUUGCCUAACAUUCCCAACCAGAGUCACGCGUCCGGACCCGGUAUAGCCACCAACUAUACCCUACCGGUGCCCGACCUUAAGGUUAUUAACGCUUCAGUCGUACGCGAUAUAAUGCUGCAGUCGAAAGAGGGCGACGAUUGUAACCACCAGGCUACUACCAUUGGCCGUGCCAGUACAACACCGGCGCCCACUACUACCCCACACAUCAGAAUAAACGAAUCGGCUGAUACUUGUGACAAUAAAACCACCGGAGCUGAUGACAACAGGACUAGCUUUUCAGUGAUUGAAGCAACAGUCCCGACAACUACCCCGUGCGGACCCGUAAACGUGGUAACAACUACCCCGUGCGGACCCGUAAACGUGGUAACAACUACCCCGUGCGGACCCGUAAUCAUGGUAACAACUACCCCGUGUGGGCCCGUACCGCAUGGCAAAAGCGGUCAGCUAACUUCAAAACCAGAAGAUUUUGAUCUAGACGAAUUCGAAGACGCUAGAGUGGAUAGAAACCAAAAGCAAAGUAACCUGACCAGCGGUCCUACAACGGUUCGUGCUACUACAGUGACCAGUGGUCCUACAGUGACCAAAUCUCACGUUACUACGUACGCACAGUCAUCGUCCAGUUUAGUCGACAAUGGUGUGGUCAUGGUGCAAAAAACUAUAAAUGCCACUACCAACCCUAGAAAUGUCAAUAAUACAGCUUUUAAUAGUACCAACGCGAAUGAUAAACCAACAUCGAAAAGCAAUUGUACUGUUGGUGGCGGUGAUGACGAUGAAGAGGACAAAGCAUUAAAAUCAAGUAAGGAUGAAGAGGAUGAAGAGGAAUCAGCUCCGGCUAUACAACGAAUACGUCCAGACGCUGUGCGCAACGAAAGCUCACAAUCAAACAAAACCGACCCUAAUGUUCGCAUACAUCUCAAGAAUCUGAUCCCACAUAACCAAAGCACUACCGCUUUGCCAAAUAUAACAACUACUACUAAAACGACCACAACACUCCCGACCACCACAACCACACCGAGAGUCACCACAACUACACCAAAGGCCACAACAAGAGUUACCACAACUACACCAACGACCACAACAAGAGUCACCACAACUACAUCAACGACCACAACAAGAGUCACAACUACACCAACGACCACAACAAGAGUCACAACUACACCAACGACCACAACUACACCAUUGGCCAAUGGUGUAGUUGUGGUCACUUUUGUCGUGACUGUC